GUGGGGUGAAAGGGUUGAGAUUCCUGCAAAAGGCACUUUUUGGUCUGUUUUCUUUGGAUUGCAAAGUUGAAAUCCAUGGGAGAGCAGGACCUGGCUUGUCCUGUGCAGGGAAAGGCUGGGAACAAGCAGUUCAGGGAGAACGUCCUGGCUGGCACCUCCAUGGUGUCCAUGUGGAUCCUGCACCCUCCGGUGCUGGAAGCAGCAGGGCAAUGUCCCCGGGCCUGCCUGGGGGUGGGUCCUGCCUUCCCAUCCCACCCUACCCAGGCUUUGCCCCGGCUUUGCCUCUGGGCACAAGUUUUCAGGUGGAAGAAGGAGUGGAGCUGGCCCAGCUGGAAGGGAAGAGCCUGGAUGUGGCCUGGACGAUCCAGAGAGCCCAUGGCUUCCUCCUCCUCCUCCUCCUCCUCCUCCUCUUUCUCCUCCCAUGUGCACCCCGGGGGUUUGUUGCUGCAGGUCCCACCUCUGUCCCCAUUCCUGCAGGCAUGUCCCCCACCUGGAUGUCCCUUCUCCAGCUGGGAAUGGUCAGGCUGGGAGCUGGAGGAGGCACCUGCCCAUCUCCUCAUGGGCACCCCGGGGGAUGCACCAGGGACAGGAGCACCCGAGGGGCUUUGCUUUGUGGGGCACAAGUGGCUGCUCAGAACAUCCCCCACACCCUGGGUGCCCCCCAGCCCCGAGGGGAGAGAGGGGCAGCCCCCAGCCCUCCUCCCUGAGGGGCUCACCAGACUGCUCCCACCUCUGUGGCACUGCCAGGAUCCAGCCCCAACAGGGUGGGGAUGGUGCCCAUCUCUCCCCAUCCAUCCCUCCAUCCCUCCCUCCCCUGGCAGCCCCCGCAUGCCCGGUGCCCCCGGCUCCCCAAGCCGUGCAUGCCAUGUCCUACCGGGGUCCUACCGGGGUCCCACCGGGGUCCCACCAGCCUCCCCCCUGUUUGGAUUUUUUACCUGGGGGGUGGUGGGGUGGGGAGGGAGUGGGGCACAGACCCUCACAGAGGGAGCAAAGGCAGGUUUGGGCAGUGCAGACCUGGCCCAGUUUUAUAUGUAACGAGCAUGUGAAAUGUAUU